AUGGAGGCCAAUCCGUACUCUCCAUCAAAAACUGUUCCAGGGCCCUGGGACACAUCUGGCCUUUCCCCGCUACGUUUUCUUUCAUCCAUUCGUCCAUGUGCUUGAAAAUCGCCAUCGCAAGAUCCAUCCUCACGCCAUUGCCCGCUUGGGCAUGGCGUGCAUUUUUCCUCCGCUGCCACGCCCGUUUGCGGCAUUCCAUCUCUCCCAGGGCACUGGAGACAGAGGGGGCCGGGGACCAACCACCGACGCGAUAGCGAGCACUCUCCACCGUCAAUUUGAACGCUCUGAUCGUACGAGGACUUCGCGCCAUUUGACUUCUACCAGACUUCCACAGUCAGCCGCCAAGCCCGCUGCGGACUUGCUUCGGACGCUCGACGACCCCUUCGAAGUCAACGUCUGUCGUCAAGAUUUCAAGGGCCUGACGUAUGGCCAACGGCCGUUGGGGGUGCUCGCCAUGCAUUCCCGAUGGGGCUGGUACUCAUGUCCCGACGCUACAUGGCUGCAAGCGGAAUGUUCAGCCCUCGGCACUACACGCGUUGGUACGGUUUGUACAGGUGUCAAACGCCGCAGAUCGCCAGUCACGGGAGUUUUCUCUACAGCAUUCCUCAGACUUCUGCCACUUGUAGGGCCACAGCUGUAGGAAUGCCUCGCAGAAAGCGGAGGCUGGCAGUGUCUACGAGCUGCCUAUAUAUCCUGUGCCUGUUUGAUUCUGUUUGUUUUCCACAUCCUCGUGAUUGCCAGCGUGUUUG